AUGAAAAAGGUGUACGUUGUGUACAUUGUUAGAAACAAUUUCCUUAGCAUUGUGUACGGGCCUGAUGAACGUACGGCCAUGUCUUAUAUAUUGCCAACGGGUGAGCUGCGUGUGGAACAUUCUCCUAUAAUCAAACUUCCCUCUUUUCUGGGCAGAAGAAGACCGCCGAAGGGUCUUCUCAAUAUUCGUCUUGCCGGCGUCGAUAUGUCUGAAGCUGGACAACAGUUCAUAUCAAAGGAUUUGCGUCUGAAGAACAAGCCAAUUGUUUUCACCGUUAUAAAGGGGAGCGAGAAUUCUACUGACGCUGUUGAUGCGGAUGUUACUGUCAAAAAGAGCGCAUUCUCACAAACGAAUUUGAACAUCGAAGUGGUGAGACGCGGCUAUGCUCGGGUUCCACCACCAGAAUCGCCGCGCCAUUUGAAGGCGCUCCAGUCGAUUCCGGCGUACUCAAGACUGAUUAACCGACUGUUAAUGAGUGAGAAGGUAUGCGAACCAAUUUGUUCAUGUUAA